CUGGGGGCGGAGCGGGGGAGGAGGGAGGUUCCAAAGUUAGUAUGAAUUCGCAGGGGUUCCGAACGCUGAGGUGAGGACCUGCUUUACUGCCGGGCUCUUGAGUGUGCGAAGAUGCGAAAGGUGGUUUUGGUCACCGGGGCGAGCAGUGGCAUCGGCCUAGCCCUUUGCAAGAGGCUUCUGGCAGAAGACAAUGAGCUUUACCUUUGUUUGGCGUGCAGGAACACGGGCAAGGCAGAAGCUGUCCGUGCUACUCUGUUGGCCUGUUACCCCUCUGCUGAAGUCACCACUGUGCAGGUGGAUAUCAGCAACUUAAAGUCAGUGUUCGAGGCUGCCAAAGAACUUAAGCAAAGGUUUCAAAGAUUAGACUAUGUGUAUCUAAAUGCUGGAAUCAUGCCUAACCCACAGCUAAAUAUUAAAGCAUUUUUCUCUGGCCUCUUUUCAAGAAAAGCGAUUCAUAUGUUCUCCACAGCUGAAGGACUGCUGACCCAACAGGAUAGGGUCACUGCUGAUGGGCUUCAGGAGGUGUUUGCAACCAAUAUCUUUGGACACUUUAUCCUGAUUCGGGAACUAGAACCUCUCCUCUGUCACAGUUAUAAUCCAUCUCAACUCAUCUGGACAUCAUCUCGGAAUGCAAGGAAAUCUAAUUUCAGUCUUGAAGACAUCCAGCACAGGAAAGGCCAGGAACCCUACAGCUCUUCCAAAUACGCCACUGACCUUCUAAAUGUGGCUUUGAAUAAGCACUUCAACCAGCAGGGUCUGUAUUCGAGUGUAAUUUGCCCAGGGACAGUGCUGACCAAUUUGACCUAUGGAAUUCUACCUCCAUUUUUAUGGACACUGCUGAUGCCAGUGAUUUGGCUGCUUCGCUUUUUUGCAAAUUCUUUUACUUUGACACCAUAUAAUGGAACAGAAGCAUUGAUUUGGCUUUUCCAUCAAAAGCCAGAGUCUCUCAAUCCUCUGAUCAAAUAUCUGAGUGCUACUACAGGCUUUGGAAGUAAUUAUGUCACAGUGGAAAAGAUGGAUAUAGAUGAAGACACUGCUGAAAGGUUUUACCAAAACUUAUUGGAACUGGAAAAGCGUGUUAGGGUCAACACCACUCAAAAAUCAGAUCACCAGAGCUGACAGUGAUACUCUCUGGAACAUUGCCUACCUUCUGUGCAUUCUGGGAGACAUGGCUUUCCAUUGAGCUGGGUGGUAUGCAUUUGUAUGAACUGUGAACUCUGAUUAUCUCUUUCCUUUCCUUUCAGAAUUAUCUCCAAGACUGUUUCUGUGUACAUAUGUGUGUGUACAUAAGAUUGGUAAAGUAAACAUAUCAAUUAGAUAUUUUCUAGAAUGGUGCCACAUCAAAAUUACUAAAAUAACCUAAUAUAUCUGUAUUAUCCUUCCAAGUGGAAACAAGUGAUAAGGAAUGGACUUGAAUAAUUUUGACACAGACACAUCUUGGACUUGCUUUUGGUUUAUUACCAGCAAAAGGAGGCACUGUCUACUCUCUUGAGUGGCAGUUUUCAUUAUGAACAAUUUUUUCUAGGGUCCGGUGCUUUAUUUCCUUCAUAUACUGCUUCUAAUGAUCCUAACCUAAGAUUAUUAGAAUCCAAACAAUUCUACUAUGGAUGUCCAUGUAGUUAAUCUCAGGAAUAAAAAUAUUUAUGUGUUUGGGUCACUUGAA